CUAUAAUCUAGUGCAUUGCUAAAAUAAUAUCCAUUUCACUCUUUCAUCUUUUCGAAUAUCUCUUGCUUAAAAAAAUCAAGAAAAGACACUAAUACCAACAGGAAAAUGCCAUCCAAAAUACCCGGCGCUACAGACGACGACAUCUUCUACGAGCCAGACUGGACCAAAACACACAGUCACCGCAUCGGAUUGUACAAUCGCGACGAUCGCUUCCCGGGUCUGACGCAUGCCGGAGAUGAUUGGAGAUCUGAGCUAGAGGAGGAGGCGGAGGAGAAGAUCGAGCAGUUGAGGGAGAAGGUCGAGAGGGGGGAGUUGCUUACUGUGAGGGAUUAUUUGGCAAAGCAGCAGGACUUCCAUCUGCGACGACCGGAAGUACACCCGGAGCAUUGGAGAUAUGUUCUCCACACGACGGAGAAUCAUAUCAAAGAGGGGCAGCCGUGGUUGAUCAACGAGAAGAAGAGAAAAGAGGCAGAGACCAAGCAGCGAGAGCAGCAGCGGCGACAGGACAGCGGGGUAGGAAUAGACGGCGCCGCUCACCCAGAGGACGAGAGCAAGAAGUACACCCCCGAAGAGCAGGCACUCUUAGAUAGCCUGCUCAAAGAACGCGAUCAUUUCCUAGCCAUCAAACCCAACGACGGAAAGGGAUCUUCUCCAUUCAAAACAGGGUACUACGAGCCGGGCGAGAUCGACGAGGCGGACCAGCUCACCCCGGACAACUGGGUCCCUCGCUCAGGCAACCUGAUCCGACUGACAGGGAAGCACCCGCUGAACGGGGAGCCGCCGCUGACGCAGCUGGUAGACGCAGGGCUCAUCACGCCGAACUGGCUACACUUCGUGCGCAGCCACGGGCCCGUGCCGCAUCUGCUGUGGGAGAACCACAAGUUGGAGAUAUCGGCGGGGCGGUCGCUGACGGUGUUCAUGGAUGAUUUGCAGGAGGAUUUCGAUAGCGUUAAUAUCCCUGCUAUCCUCGCGUGCGACGGAAACCGCAGGAAAGAGCUGAAUAUGAUCAGACGGUCGAAGGGCUUCAACUGGGGUCCUGGAGGUGUCAGCUGCGCGUACUGGAAGGGUGCACUUCUGCGAGACGUGCUUCUGAAAGCUGAUAUCAUGCCGUUGAUAGAGGCGCACAAGGGCGAGACGCUGUGGGUGAACUUCCAGGGAUCGGAGAACCUCAGCGAAGGAAAGUACGAGACGUGUCUCUCGCUGGACUAUGUCAUGGAUCCCACGAACGACGUGCUGCUAGCCUACGCGAUGAACGAUCGCCCCUUGCCCCCAGACCACGGGUACCCGGUGAGACUGCUGGUGCCGGGCUUUGUCGGCGGGCGCAGCGUCAAGUGGCUGGGGAAGAUCUGGAUCACAAACAAGGAGAACGACAGCCACUACCAUGUGUACGACAACCGCGUGGUGCCGAGCUUCGUCACGGAUCGAUACACGGAGAUCGGAAAGGCGUUGUAUAAUCAUCCUAGUACGGCGUGCAUGGAGCAGGUGCUGAACUCUGUCAUUGCGCGGCCUGAACAUGGGGAGAAGCUCGAUGUGGCUGAUAUAUCUCGCGGCAAGAGUACAUACCAUCUGCAAGGCAUUGCGUAUAAUGGGGGCGGCAUGGAGAUCCAGAGAGUCGAAGUCAGCUUGGAUGGAGGAAGUACAUGGCUGUAUUGCAUUCGUCAGUACCCCGAUAAACCACUACGACACGGCAGGAAAUACUGGCCUUGGCUCCACUGGCAUUUGGACAUUGACGCCAUGCGGUUCCUGCGAGCAGAGAGCAUCAUGGUACGGUGCUGGAACGCGAACAAGAACACCCAGCCCGAGAAGCCAACAUGGAACCUGGAAGGAAUGAUGAACAAUUGCAUUUACACAGUCAAACUGGAGCUAGUAUCCGAUUCCAAGACAGGAAAGCAGUAUAUAAUGUUCCGACACCCCUGCGAACCAGGCACCGGUCAGGGUGGGUGGAUGAAGCCAGCUGCAGAAGACCAAGUGGAGGAUAUGAAACGCGACGGGUCGACUCCGGAUAAGCAGUUCACUCGCGAGGAAAUCGAAAAGCAUAGAUCUGCUGAUGACUGUUGGAUUGUGGUUAAUGGGAAAGUGUACGACGCCACUAGUGUGCUCAGCUGGCAUCCUGGGGGCAGCGCAUCCAUUAUGCCUCAUGCGGGACGUGUCCAUGCUGAGACGACGGAGGAGUUCGAGAGUAUACAUGAUGACUUUGCACACGAGAAACUACAAGAAUGUAUCAUUGGCGUGGCGACGCAGAAGACACAGGACUUUAUUAAGUAUGAGGAAGAGCAGAAAGCCAAAGAAAGGGCAGAGUCUAUACAGAAGGAUUCUUCGAUCGCAUUACGACGCCACAAAUGGGUCCAGGCCAAGCUCAUUUCCAAGAAACGCCUUUCCGAGGACACAAGCUGUUACACCUUUGCCCUGCCCUCAAAGGACCAAAAGCUGGGUCUCGCAACCGGCCAGCAUCUUUUCAUCGGGUUUCACUUCAAAGACCGCAUGGUCUUUCGCUCGUACACGCCAACGCGACCGGUAUCCUCAGAAGAAGAAGACGGCACCUUUGACCUAGUAGUCAAGACGUACGCUCCCAGCCCUGCCCAGCCAGGAGGCACCAUGAGCAACAUCCUCGACUGCAUCGAGAUCGGCGAAGAGGUCGAGAUCAAGGGCCCGACGGGUGAGAUACAGUACGAGGGCAAUGGCAAGUUCCUCCUCGAUGGCAAAAAGAGCACCUUUGACAGGAUCACGCUUGUCCUCGGAGGCUCCGGCAUUACUCCCGGUUACCAGGUGCUUUCUCGCAUUUUGAAAUCAGGUGGCAAAGACAAGACGAGGAUCCGCGUGGUAGACGCCAACAAGACAGAACAGGAUAUCUUGCUGCGCGAGGAGCUGGAUCGGUUUGCCCAGUUGUAUCCGGAUCAGUUUGAGGUUACCCACGUGUUGUCGGAGCCUGAUAAAUCCUGGAAAGGCGAGAAGGGCUUUGUGAAUAAGGAUAUCUUGCACCGGUAUUGCUUCCCGCCUGAUGAAAAGAGUAUUGCGCUUCUCUGUGGCCCUCCGGGGUUGGUUCAACAUGCGGUGUUGCCUGUGCUGCUGGAAUGGGGGUACAGCCAGGAACACAAUCUUUUUGGAUUCUAGUCAUUCAGUUCUUAUGUUGUUGUCUUGCACUCCUUGCGCGGAGUCACUAAUAGGAGAGGAAGAAAUGAACCU